GUUUAACCGUGGACCCUGUGAAACGUCAUCUUGUCUCCCUACCAGGAAGCAGACUGUGAGCCGAGAGGAAAACAGAGGACAGAUAUGAAUGUGUUCCAUCUCCUUCCUGCUGGUUUAUGGCAUUCUCCGAACCCCUAUUCCCCAGCUCUUACUGGCCACGAAGCCCUGCGGAGGCUGGCUCUGAAAGCCAGUCCUGAUGAAGACUCUGUAUCCUGAUGGCAUCCCUGGCAAGCUUGGUUUCUGUUCUUCCAACUGUUCCUUGCCUGCCAUGAGCAGAGGUCUCCCUGCAGUGGAAAUGCCUCUCUAGUGUCCAUUCCUUUGAGGAAGUGAGGCAGCCUCAUGGCCCAAACCCUUAAAGCCUUGUGACAUCAGUGUCAGGAUAUUCAAGUACCUUCUCGCAUGCUCGCCCAGAAUCCCAACAGCUUUUCUAUCACCAGAGCUGAGGUCCCUAAUCUCUGUUCCCUGCUGCGUGGUGGGACCAGUAGACCACAUUCGACUGAGUCAGAAACCUGAACUGACAUCUACUAAAACAGCUCCUGAUCGGAGAAAUGGAGGCAGUUUUUUCUGCACCUUGAUGGGUUUUUCCUCACUUGCUGGCAGAUGACAGCCAGUCUAAGGGUUAGCUAAGACCAUGAGCCUUCGGAGCUUAUGGCGUAAACAUUCUUGUAACAGGAGGUCUUGUUCUUCUUUUAUCCAGAACUAAUUGGGGAAAAGUGAGUAUGGUUUUUACUCACAGGAUGGAUACCCGCCAACUGCCUCGGGUUCUUCCCACGCUCUUGGGGCCCCUCCCCAACCACAGCUGCACGGAGCCCGCUAUGCCCCUGGCGAGCCAGGACCUGGGGGUGCUUCAGGAAGAGCCAAGCUGGGGGGGCAAUGGGACCGACACACAGCCCCACCUACAGCCUGGGGAAGUAGUUACUGCCAGUGUUUUCUUUGGGACCCUGUGGUUCUUCUCCAUCUUUGGCAACUCCCUGGUUUGCUUGGUCAUCCACCGGAGCCGGAGGACGCAGUCUACCACCAACUACUUUGUGGUAUCCAUGGCAUGUGCUGAUCUGCUCAUCAGUGUAGCCAGCACACCCUUCGUCCUCCUCCAGUUUGCCACAGGCCGGUGGAGCCUGGGCAGUGCCAUGUGCAAAGUUGUGCGCUACUUCCAGUACCUCACACCAGGCGUGCAAAUCUACGUGCUCCUGUCCAUUUGCAUUGACCGUUUCUACACCAUCGUCUAUCCACUGAGCUUCAAGGUGUCCCGAGAAAAGGCCAAGAAGAUGAUUGCCGCCUCGUGGAUCUUUGAGGCUGCCUUUGUGAGCCCCGUGUUCUUUUUCUAUGGCUCCAACUGGGACCACCAUUGCAACUAUUUCUUCCCUUCCUCAUGGGAAGGUACUGCCUAUACCAUCCUCCACUUCCUGGUGGGCUAUGUAAUCCCAACUGUUCUCAUCAUCCUGUUUUACCAGAAGGUUGUCAAGUACAUCUGGAGAAUAGGCGCCGAUGGCCGCACUGUGAGAAGGACGAUGAACAUUGUCCCGAGGACAAAGGUGAAAACAAUCAAAAUGUUCCUCAUCUUAAACCUGCUGUUUUUGCUCUCCUGGCUGCCUUUCCAUAUUGCCCAGCUGUGGCACCCCCACGAACAGGACUAUCAGAAGAGUUCCCUGGUUUUCACAACGAUCACGUGGAUAUCAUUUAGUUCAUCAGCCUCAAAACCGACUUUAUAUUCCAUUUAUAAUGCCAAUUUCAGGCGAGGAAUGAAGGAGACAUUUUGCAUGUCCUCGAUGAAAUGCUACCGAAGCAAUGCCUAUACUAUUACAACCAGUUCCAGAAUGGCCAAAAAGAACUAUGUGGGCAUUUCAGAAAUCCCUCCCAUGGCCAAAAUUAUAACCAAAGACUCCAUCUAUGAUUCAUUUGACCGAGAAGCCAAGGAAAAAAAACUGGCUUGGCCUAUUAACUCAAAUCCGCCAAAUACUUUUGUCUAAGUUCUCAGAAUUCUUUCAAUCAUUGUUAAUGUGCCAGAGAUUAAAAUGCUUUAAGUAUAAA